CAUCGUCUCGCUCCUCCCCACCAGGGAAGGCGCGCGCACGCAGAUCCUCUCCUCCCGGUGGCGCCACCUCUGGCGCUCCGCCCCUCUCAACCUCGACUACCGUCCAUUCUUAUUCCACGCGGAGGGCCUCGACGCCAUUGUGUCUCGCAUCCUCACCUCACACCGAGGCCCCGGCCGCCGCUUCUGCGCGCCCGUCUACCACCUCCCCGUCGACCGAGCCGACGCCUGGCUCAGAUCCCCCCGCCCUCGACAACCUCCACGAGCUUGAGCUCUGCAGCUUCAACUACAAGUACAGCUUACCGUAUCCACGGGGAAUACCGCAGCCGGCGCCGCUGCCUGCAGCUGCCUUCCGCUUCUUUGACACCCUCGGCGUUGCCACCAUCGGAGAGUGCCACAUCCCUGACAGCAUGGCCCAGGCGCUUUUCUUCCCUAAGCUUAACAAGCUCGGGCUUGAAAAUGUCACCAUAUCCGAAUCCUCACUACAAACCAUGAUUGAUGGUUGCCCCGCUCUAGAGUGCUUGCUGAUUCGCCGCUGCUCUGGCUUCCGUUGUGUCCGAAUCAACUCCAUCAGCCUUAGAGGCAUAGGUGUGGAAGCUUAUCGGGGAGAGCUCAUCAUAUUAGAGGAAGUCAUCAUCGAGAAUGCCCCUUGUCUUGAAAGGUUGCUCCUAUUUGGCUCAGCUGAAUCCCGACAUAUAUCGGUAAUCUCCGCACCUAAAUUGGAGACCCUAGGCUGCCUAUCUUCCCAUUUAUCUGAUUUUUGUCAACAUGAUUUUAGUACCACACUCACGCUAUACUCGACAGUUAUUCAGGGAUUGCGUGUUGAUAGCUUGACGAAGACGGUGCGCACUGUCAAGAUUUUAUCUGUUCGUAUGAUUGCUCUUAGUUUGGAUGUUGUUAUUGACUUGAUGAGAUGCUUUCCUUGCUUGGAAAGGCUGUACGUUGAGUCAAUUCAGCCAGGGAAAAAGAAUUUGUGGCGCCGUAAACACCAGAAUCUAAUAAGAUCUCUUGACAUCCGUCUGAAGACAAUUGACUGGCGAUAUUAUGUGGGCACCAAGUCAGAUGUUGACUUUGCCACAUUCUUUUUACUAAACGCGAGAGUGCUAGAGUUAAUGACUCUUCAGGUUUAUCAUAGUAAUUUCAAAGAGGAGUUUUUUACACGGCAACGUGAGAAGCUUCAACUGGAUAAGAAGGCCUCAGGAGGUGCUCGGCUUCAUUUUACAACGGAUAAUUUUCAUGGCAGUUUUACGGAUUUCUGUGUCCGUGAUUUGGAUCUAGCUGAUCCCUUUGAAAGGAGUUAUCCGUACCAAUUUCAUACUUUGUCCUAAAAAAGUUUAGUUCUCAUGUUUGUAAUUUGU